UCCCUGCCUGGGAUGAGAGCAGUGUGUGCGCUGGGUGAAUAGUGAGUGUCACUGGCACUGAGCCGAGCCCGGGCAAUGCUGUGUGGGACUUUGCAUUACACCUUGCGCUCGGCUGCCUGCGGCUGCCCCGGGAGAUUGCCCUGAAGCCCAUUCCCAAUCUUCAUUCCUGCGUGUGUGUUAUUAUCUGGCUGAAGCAUGAGGGACACAACAGGCUCGGGCUUGUGCAGCCGAACCGGGACGCAGCCUCCCAGAUUUGGGAAAAGAAAGAGAAGAGAGAGGAUGCUGCAACAGGGCACCUUCAUCUGCUCCCUCUUGUUUGCUGUGUGGUGCAUCUCCCGACUUCUCCAGGGCACAGGAGGAGGGGGCAUGUUAAUGGGACAAGAAAAACUUGUGUCCGACUGGAGAAAUAGAAAGCUUUUGGCAUCAGAUAAUGGAACCCAAGAGAAAAACUGCACUGAGCCAGCUAUUAAUGAGUUUCCGGAAGAUGUAUUUAGCAUUAAGGAACGUCAGCGAGGAGCAGUCCUUCUUCAUAUAUUUUGUGCUCUGUACAUGUUUUAUGCCCUGGCUAUUGUCUGCGAUGACUUCUUUGUACCAUCAUUAGAGAAAAUCUGUGAGAAGCUGCACUUAAGUGAAGAUGUAGCAGGUGCCACAUUUAUGGCUGCUGGCAGUUCUACCCCAGAACUUUUUGCCUCCGUUAUUGGUGUAUUUGUCACCCACGGUGAUGUUGGAGUUGGAACCAUUGUAGGUUCAGCAGUAUUUAAUAUCCUCUGUAUAAUUGGUGUGUGUGGAGUGUUUGCAGGACAGGUUGUUCUCCUGACCUGGUGGUCCCUCUUUAGAGAUUCCGUGUUUUACAUUCUAUCAAUAGUGGCACUUAUUGUUUUCAUAUAUGAUGAAGUCAUAGUUUGGUGGGAAAGUCUUAUACUUGUAGUUAUGUAUUUCUUUUACAUACUUAUCAUGAAGUACAAUGAGAAAAUGCAGCGUCUGUUCACCAUUAAGAAGAAUGUAGGAAAUGGCUGCCCAGUUGGCAGUGAGCUGCAAGAUGGUAAUGUGUAUAGUGACUUUGUCUGUGACGACCCUUCUGUGCCCUUGUUGUGGAAAGUAAAGGCAAACCAGCAGUAUAACAGCAGGAGCUCGGUAGUAAUGGUGGAUGAGAUCAUAUGCUCCAGUCCUCCCAAGUAUCGGUUUCCUGAAGCUGGCUUACGAAUAAUGAUUACCAACAAGUUUCCCCCAAGAACUCGCUUAAGAAUGGCCAGCAGGCUCAUAAUAAAUGAGAGGCAGCGACUUCUCCACUCUGCCAAUGGAAUGAGCACCACAACACUGGAUGGAAAGCAAGAAUUACUAGAGAAUGGAGGCCUACAUGUGGACAAAGAUGACUAUCAAGAAGAGAACGAGGCCAAUUAUUUGGUUCCCUUUUCAGUGCCCAGUGGUUGUGCCAACAAGUUUAAGUGGGCUUUCUCAUGGCCCUUAAUAUGUAUACUCUAUUUCACCAUCCCAAACUGCAGCAAGCCACGCUGGGAAAACUUCUUCAUGCUGACAUUUAUAGCAUCCACGCUGUGGAUUGCCAUCUUCUCAUACAUUAUGGUUUGGAUGGUGACUGUGAUUGGAUACACGCUUGGAAUACCUGAUGUGAUCAUGGGCAUUACUUUUCUGGCUGCAGGGACUAGUGUUCCAGACUGCAUGGCAAGUUUAAUAGUGGCCAGACAAGGACUUGGGGACAUGGCUGUAUCAAAUAGCAUUGGAAGCAAUGUAUUUGACAUCCUUGUAGGACUUGGAUUACCAUGGGGGUUGCAAACAAUGGUUAUUAACUAUGGAUCUACAGUGAAGAUUAACAGCAAAGGUUUGGUGUACUCAGUCUUUCUGUUACUGGGAUCUGUGGCCCUCACUGUGAUUGGUAUCCAUGUAAACAAGUGGAAACUUGACAAGAAAUUUGGUCUCUAUGUGCUCUUCCUUUAUGCCAUCUUCCUGUGUUUCUCCAUUUUGAUAGAGUACAAUGUUUUCACUUUUGUCAACUUGCCAACAUGCCGUGAUGACUUUUGAUGCCAGCAAAUGUACAGGCCAAAGUUAUGAGAGAUUCACUUUUUUUUCACACAAGACACAAAACAUUGAGGAGGUGGAUUUCUGUCUCCUUUUCUGCUAAUUUGAUGGGAAGCAUGAGAGCUCUUCCUGCUGUACCUGGAUUUGUCUGUUCCACAAGAAUGUAAAGGAAAAUUAACCCCUCUAGUGCAACAGGGCCAUCAGGCAUUUAAAUGGCCCAUAAAGUUCUGUCAGGGUUAAAGUCUUCCGAAGAAGCGGAAUCCAAACGUGCUGCUCUUUUUUUACAAGAAUCAAGUCUUUUAUUGAUGGGUGCAUUUUCUUACUGCUUGUUAUGAUGACGUUUUAAUAACGCACCCUCUUCUUUUGGAUGUACAGCAAUGGAACAUUACUUUUUUGACGGUAUUAAAGAAUACUGGAUAUGCUGCACAUGAGAACAAACAAAUGUAGUCCUCUUCAUGUUUACCUGCUGGGAGUAUUUUCCCUUUGGAUUUUUUUUUAACAAUUGGCUGUUUGUAGUUGCACGCAAAGGGACACCAAUGAGGCUUUUCAUCUGCCCCAAGAAAACUUCCCUGCGUUGAAUUUCGGUACAAUCUUAAACUAGUAAUACAAAGGCAUUCGGCCAGGAGUUCUGUUUUUAAAUCAAGUGAACCUGGAGAUGAAGUACACCUUGACUAUUGCCCUUACUGACCUCUUUUCUCAAACAUUUACAAACUCAGAGGACCUAACUCUAUUUAACCAAUUUUAAAAACAAAGCACAUUUUUAAUAACAAAUUCAACCCACUGACUGGUUUAGAAAUGCACAUUCAUAGCCUAAUUGAUUUAACAUUAUUAUAGAUAUAUUUGUAAUUGUGCUUGCAAGAUAUUUAUUUGUUAAAGAGUAAAUCUAAAGAUAUUUAAUAUUUAUAUGCACACCAUGGACAGCAACAAGUCUAAGCACUGAAAUGAGAAAAGAUUGCAUGUUAUUUUGUUUGUUUAUAACUUUUGAUACUGAUUGCUAAUUCCUCACCCCAAGUUAUUUUCACCAAGAUCUACAAAGUGACCUGAAGGAAAAUUAAACUAUAUACAGGUUGAAUUAAAGGUUGAGCAAAGGUUAUUGAUAGGCUGUUCAUACUGCAUUAGUCUUUGAUUUCAUUAGAACACUAACAAGCAGAUCCUUUCUAAUUACUGCACUACUUACAAAACCCCAGAUUUUCACACAUAUUCAGUUUACUAUUCACUGAACCAUACAUGUACCCAUUGCUUUUUUGUUCAAAGCUUUGAAGGCACAGUCUGGGUGGAAUCUUAUUGAGUGACACCAUUGACUUAAUUUCCGACAUAUGCUAUGAAUACAGGAGUAAUCACAGAUAAGAUACAAAUGGCAUGGAAGAUUAAAAAAUGAACUAAUAACAUAUAUUGAAAAUAAAAUAGAUCAAGUUUCAGGCAAUGAGUAUAAGACGAACAUCCAGACACUGUCAGCGUGAUUCUAUUAAUGCAUGUGCUGCCUGCAAUAAAAUAUAGUCUGCUCAUAUUUCAAAGAGCCCUCUGUAACAAUGGUACGUUGUAAUAGUGUUUAUAUCUACUUCAUCACUGGCUGCCUUCCCAUGAUACAUGUCUUUUUAUAGAAGAAAAAUGUACAGUUCAUUUAUACUAGGAUCCUAAAGGGGCAAAAGGAAAAAAACUAUUGUACUGUUUUACUCUUCUACUUAUUUAAAAGGGCGACUAUACAAACUGGGUGCAGAAAGAGCCAGGACUUUCAUCUGCUUUAACUUUGCAUGGCAGACCUCUCAUUUUAACUGGCUGCAUGAGUUCUUCACCAUAAGCAUAUCUUUGUACUUGAAUCCAAGGGAUCUUUCUAAUCACAAGUUGAGAGUUUUUUCCUUGUUUUGCCCCAUGUAAAAACGGGCAAUUAGAUUCUGCUAAUUUGUUUUCCAGCAAGUAGCACAAAAUCAUCAUCAUCAUCAUCAUCAUCAUUUAUUUAUAUAGCGCUGUCAAGUUACGCAGUGCUUAAGAUCAUCUAUGUUUUUCUCUUUUUUUAUUGCCUGCCUAAUAACAUUCAAGUUCACUCCUAUAGAAUAGUACCAACACAAAUCUCUUGGGGCAAAGUCCCACCAAUGUGAGAUUUGUCUUUGGCCUACUGAUACCAUAAAGCAGUCCUGGGUGCAGGAGAGGCAGAUAGAGCCUGUAACUGCCUGAAAAUCAUGUAUUCUGAUCUUAAUUUUAAUUUUGUAGCUUUUCUGUCCCAAGUCAUAAACAGAUAUAAUCUUAAAUUCCAGUGAACAAAACAGAUCAUGAGUGGUUUUGUCUGGGCAAGAGACAAAAGAUGCCUGCAUGCAGAGCUGUUAGCAAAAACAUUGCAGUAAAUACCUGCACUUUAUUUUUUAUAGCAUUUAGGGUUUUAUGUAUAUAGUGUCUUUGGUCAGAGGGUUCUGAACCAUCAGGCAAUAAGCAUUGUGCUAUGCAUGCAGGGAGAUACCAGAGUAUUGUUUAUGUACAUAUGAUUUGGGCGACUUUCGUUCCUAAUACUGUAGCACACACAAUUUCUACAAUGGUAGUGGAAGCUAGAAUAUAAAAAAAAUAUAUCUAAAAAAAAUCCAUCAUCUUUAUCUGAAAGAGCUGUUUGUAGCCUUUACUAAAACUAUGUGGAAGGAAGAAUUGGAAUUCUUUGUGAGAGACUGGUGGUGGUGCUCUGGUAUCCAAUCAGCAGUUUAAUCUGCUGUUUAAAAGCAAAUGUCUGAUUGGCUGCUGUUGGUGACCAAGACCCAGUGCAAACUUUGCAUGUUUUCUUUCUAUUAUCCCACAAAUUCAGUACUUUUUGUGCUGGAUACACAAAAGAAAACCAGACCGAGUUAGGCGUUUAUGCAAUUUUUUUUUAAAGUUAAUGAGAAUCUAGUGUUUCACCUAUAGUUUCCCUUUAAGUACAGCCAGCUUUGCCAACAUACAUUGGACGCUAAGCUGGGGCAUAUGGGUUUAAAGCAAUAUCAAGACUUUGCGUAACCAAAUAAGUGACAUGAGAGCAAGUUAUCAAUUGUACAAUGCAAGGGUAUGUAUUCAUUCCUGACUUGAUUUUGGCUCUGUAUACAGCUCCUGCAUCACUGAUAUAUGACUAAACAUAAAAUCUCUUCUGCUUG